AUGUUUGAGGCCAAGCUCGCCAACUCCGGUCUUCUCAAGAAGAUUGUCGAGUCUAUCAAGGAUCUCGUCACCGAUGCUCCAUUCGACUGCUCCGAAACCGCUAUGAGCCUUCAGGCGAUGGAUUCCUCUCACGUCGCGUUGGUUUCACUCAAGUUGGAGGUCGGCCUCUUCGACACCUACCGAUGUGACCGGACCAUCAAUCUCGGACUUUCGCUCGCUAACAUGUCAAAGGCUCUCAAGUGUGCUAACAACGACGAUACCUGCAUGUUGAAGUAUGAGGAGAACGAGGGUGACUCGAUCAUAUUCACAUUCGCCGAUCCAAAACGCGACAAGACGCAAGACGUGACAGUCAAAAUGAUGGACAUCGACAGUGAGCAUUUGGGAAUUCCGGAGCAAGAUUACGCCGUUGUUUGCGAGAUGCCGGCCGGCGAGUUCCAGAAGACGUGUAAGGAUCUGUCGACAUUCUCAGACUCUCUCAACAUCACCGCCACCAAGGCCGGCAUCGUUUUCACCGGAAAAGGAGACAUCGGAUCGUCCGUCGUGACGUACUCACCAUCUUCUAACACUGACGACGAGUCGGAAGCGGUGACGUUGGAAGUGAAGGAGCCAGUCAACGUGAACUUCUCAAUCAAGUACAUGAAUCAGUUCACCAAGGCGACCGCUCUGAGCGAUAGAGUCCGUUUGUCACUUUGCAAUGAUGUCCCAGUGGUUGUUGAGUACCCGAUCGAGGAGAACGGAUUCCUUCGCUUCUACUUGGCACCAAAGAUCGAUGACGAGGAGAAUAUGGAGUGA